GGGCAGUGCAGUUAACACAGUGGGAGCGCUCUGAGCCGACACACUGUCCCACACACUCCUGGACGCGCAACACAGGAGGAGCAGGGAGAGGACUUUUCGGGACUUAUCCAGAGUGGAUCCUGGGACUAUAGCUGAAAAGGUGGUCCAGGAUGAACUUUGCCGCCCAGUUCAUCUACGCCAACUAUAUCAGAGAUGGAUCGCCUAACAGAGUGGGAUUCAGCGAUAGUGAUGAGAAUGACCCCUUCUGGCAGAGCGAGGCGCAGCGUCUUGGGUCAACUAAACAGGGCUGCUCUACCUCUUCCAAGACUACCUGCAACAAGGACGCCCCCGUUUGUAACGGGGUUGCGGGCGUGCGGCCCACCCUCAUCCACCCAGAGCGCCUGAAGGACUUUGGUAUUGAGGAGGAGGAGUGCCUCAAUGGGGAAGUCAAGACCAAGGAGACCAAGGUGGUGGGGGCCCCUCAGAUCCAGCUGAUGGACCCGCCCAAGACUAACAAGAAGAGAGGCAGCGAGAGCAAAGCAAUCACACCACCCAAGCCUGAAUACCUCCGCUUCGAUGACAUCAGUGCUGCAGCCUUCAAAAUCCAGAUGAGGAUGCAGAAGACCCCCUGCAUGUACUCCAGACUGUCCAAACAGUACGGCAUGGAGAUCUUCCUGAAGAAGGAACACCUCCACUACACAGGCUCAGUGAAGGAAAGAGGCGUUCUCUACAUGCUCACCUCCCUCAGCCAGGAGCAGCAGAAGAAGGGGGUAAUUGUGGCUACAAACUGUAGCUUCUCCAUGGCCGUAGCCCACCAUGCAGUGGAGUUGAGGAUCCCAGUGUUUGUCAUCAUGCCAGCCAGCUGUGCCCAGCCCCACCUCAGGAUGUACCGUGACUACGGCGCCAUGGUAAUCUCCUACGGCAGCACGGCCAGGGACUCCCUGAAACACGCCCGCCACCUGGCCAAGGAGAACGGAUACCUUUACCUGGAAGAGGAUGAUAGUGCUGUGUACUUGGCAGGACUGGGCACAGUAGGCAUGGAGAUCUAUGAGCAGGUGCCCAAACUAGAUGCAGUCAUUGUGCCCGCUGGUGGGCAGUGUAGUCUACUGGUUGGCACAGCAGCCGCCAUCAAACACCUCAACUCGCGCAUCACUGUCAUAGGAGUUGAACCAGAAGGAUUCCCGUUGCUACUACAGUCCCUCAAAACAGGCAGCCCGGUGACUAGAGAACUAUACAGCACCCCAAACAAGAAGCUUUAUGGAGACCUAUUUGAGCACUCAAUGGGGACCCACACCUUCCAGCUGGCUAAGACAUUUGUCGAUAAAGUCAUCUCUGUCAGAGAGGAGGACUCUCUGGUAGCCAUGCUAAGGUUCCAGGAGUUUGAACACUCCACAGUGGACACAGAGGGAGCCAUGGGACUGGCGGCCAUCUUGGCUGGUCAACUACCAGAGCUGAAGGGCAAAAGGGUAGCUGUGGUGGUCAGCAGUGCUAACAUGGAGUUGGACCUGAUCAGACAGUGUGUUGACCGAGCCCUGGUUCUGGACGACCGGGUCAAUAAGUUUACGGUGCAGUUGGGGGACUUUCCAGGGGACAUGGCCAAGCUACUGGACAUCCUGGCCCGAGAGGACAUCAAGUUGUUGGAUGUUUGCCACCGUAGACACAAUGACAGAGGCGAUCUCUUCAAGGCUCUGGUGGAGUGUGUGGUGGAGACCAGAGAUAAGACACAGAGCACUCAGCUCCGCAGGACACUGUCUGAGCGCUAUCCCACACUACGCUGGCUGGACCGGUGAUCAACACACGUCACAGCCUCGUCACGGCUCUCACUCUGAACACGCACACACACGGACAAAGCAUGCACGCGCAUGCACACGCAUGUUCGCACAUGCACGUCACUUGCAGACACACACACACAAUUAAACAGACAAUGAAACAGAAACAUUGUGAAUGCAUAUGCAAACUCACACAUAACACAUGCAUUGAACUUUUUUGCUGCAAAACUACCGAAUUGCAAUUGCGUUUGAGUAUCAGUGAGUAUAAUAAAGCCUUUUGAUUAGUAUAGAUUAUACAGGGAGAUAAAUUUAAAUACGGGAAUAUAUGGAAUUUACUGCAUAUGCUGCUCUGAUGAGAAAACAAUACUUUCACCUCAUACUUCUGUUAUUAGGGAGCUCAGGGGGUACUUUUGGGCCAGACAAUGAUUAAGCCCAGCUGAUCCUAACAUAACAGUGGUAGUGACAAUUAAAAGCAUUUAUGUUCUGGAAAUAAAAGUUGAUGAUGAUGACGUA